AGAAUGGAUGUAUCUUCUCGUACAACCUAUCCAAUCGUCAGUACAGAUGGUGAGAUGUACACACUUUACAAUGAUGAAUUUAUGGCAAAAGGAGCUUACUCACAAGUUUACAGAGGUCGAACCGAAUCUGGAAGACUUGUUGCCGUGAAAACAGCCAGGAAAACAGCGUCUAAUAAGGCCGAUGUUGAUGCAAUGUGCACAGAAAUCGAUAUUCUAAAGAAGUUGAAGGGCGUUGCGAAUAUUGUACAAUAUUUUGGAAGUAAAAACACUAAAAUACCGCCUGGAUCAGUUACAAUUGAGACGAUUUCCUUUGCGAUGGAGUGUGCAAGUCGUAGCUUGGAUGCAGAAAUGAGAAGACCGGAAAAUCAUAAAGGUCUUCCAUCAAAUGUACUUAUUGAUUUAGUUGUGGAUUGUUCUAUGGCACUAUCUGCUCUUCGAGAACACAACAUUGCUCAUCGCGACAUCAAGCACAUGAAUAUUCUUCUAUUUCCCGGUUCUCCGACACGUGGAAGACGAUCCACGCAUUUAUUCAAACUGUGUGACAUGGGCUGCAGCAAGGCUAUUUCGGAAAAUAGCUCACAAGAACUAAACUCUAUAGCUGGUACUAAAACUUUUCUGUACCCCGACCAUAUUCCUCCAAACGGACAUAAUUGGAAAACAAAAUCAGCUUACACUCCGGAACAAUGUGAUCUUUGGUCGCUGGGAUGUACACUAUACUUUUGUGCUACCGGAGAGUUUCCAUUCGAAAGUACAAGAGCCGACGCAAACCUGUAUCACAUGGCUGCAGUUGAUCUCACUCGAAAUCCGAACGCAGUCGCAGUGAAUCUUGUUCAAGUAGAAAAUCCAGUAACAAAAGAGAAAGUGUUCAAUUUCGAACCAGUGACAGAACUUCCUGCCGAGUUCACGAGAUAUCCGAAAUGGCUCGUAUGUACAAUGACAUGCCUUCUACGCAACUUUUUCCAUGAACCUUCAAUCGAGUAUUAUGCAAAAGUGGCUGGUGUUAUGAGAAAUUCAAAACGAAGAACUUUUGCAUCAGUGGAUCAAAUGUCGAUUGUAGAGCAUACCGAUAUGUCUAAUAUUCUAGAAUCUAGUCUACCAAGUAUUUCCGAAUGUCUUGGAUAUCCAGAAGGCAUCGAUAUAGUUCUUCUCGCGAACACCUCCACCCACUACCUUGAUUCCAAACAGAAAUCCGUUGACGGACUUCCCGAUGAUUUAUAUUUGGUUCUACCCCAGACAAGUCAAGUCGAAAUGAGAACACUUUUGAAGAGAAAUAUAAAAUUUAAUGAACUUGAAUGUAUGACAGACACAAAACUCAUCGAAAUUCGCAUCAAAAAAUGCUAUGAAGGAUUGAGCAUGCUGACUGAGGUUGACGAGUAUUUGGAUCUUUUUGAUCGAGUUUCCGCCAUUUUGUCGACUCAAUUUUCACUGCUUGUCCAAGAGUUGAGCCAAUUCGAGCGCGUUCAAACUACAUCCCGGUUUGCUGUUUAUGUGGACAUGGCUUCAGUACCAAUGAUGUUGUUCGAUGAAGCAAAUCCAGAGGCCAAGACGAUCGCAGACCAAUGCAUUCAACAAGCGAUACAAGCUAGAGAGGAGUUGGAGAGACAUGCAAAAGUUGCUAUGGAUUUUGAAGCAUGUGCAAAGAAGCUGUCAAGAGAGGCUGAAGAUCUUCGACUUGAAGACAUGGAUCUGCCAGGAAUUCGUAGAGAAAUCGAGUCAUACCUAUUUUAUGACAAAGCAACCAUCUUGAGCACUCAGAAAUAUACCCAGGAACUAGUUGAGCUGUGUUUAAAAAGAAGAAAUACAGUAAUGAAGCAGAUAUUCAAUUCACCCGAUGGAAUAAAUAAAAGUAAAUUGAAUACUGCAAUGAAUUUGGCGGCAUCUCUCAGUCAACUACGUUCGGAUUAUCAAAAACUUCAAGAUAUGAUAUCCGAAUGUGUGGAUCUACUCGAGAAGCCAUUCCAAGUAAUGAAAGAUAAUGUAAAUCGUUAUCUACAAGCCCAGGGAUGUUCCCGGAAUACGAUGGAAAAGUCUAUGCAUUUGUUAAGACCCGAAUUUCACGAGAAUCAAAUUCGCAUGAAGAAGUCCACCAAAUCGUGUAGAAAACUCAUCGACCAACUGAACAAAGAAUUGGAACAACUCGGGUUUGUUCUCGUAGGAGAUAAGCUGAUCAAGGCCGAAUCGUAGCAGACACUUACACGAUCAGAAGAGAUUACAGAGAGUUGAAAGAUUGAGUAUUUUGUCGGUGUUAUCGAAAUAAUUGGAUUUUUUUUAAAAAUUAAAUAAAUUAAGUUUUAAAUUAAA